UUGAGACACGUCUCCAAAAAAACGCGCGAUAGAUAUAGCCACACUUGACAGCGGCUGCUGACGCCUCAUUGUGUUCAUGAAGCCGAUCUCUCUCUCUCUCUAAACUCGACUGCUACUUUCUCUCUCUAAGCUCCAGUCCUCGCUUUCACAAAGCCUGCAAAAAGUGGCCACAUUCACUAUAAAAAGGGCAGGGGCUUCCCCUCCUUCUCUAAAAAAAACUAGGGUUAAAUCACUUGCUCGGAGAAUUCUGAGCUGCUCUGUAGUCUUUCAUGGCGGUUACAAAAUUCCUCCUUUUGCUGGUGGUCUUGGCAUUUUCUUUGAGCCCGAAUUCUUCAGUGGGUGCUGAAAAAGUUUCUCUGAAUCUGUAUUAUGAGACCCUUUGCCCUUACUGCUCCAGGUUCGUUGUUAAUUAUUUGGGCAAGAUGUUCUCUAAUGGCCUUAUUGACAUUGUUGACCUUCGUCUCAUCCCUUAUGGAAAUGCGUGGAUUGGGUCCAACAACACAAUUAGCUGCCAGCAUGGCUCCUAUGAGUGCUUCCUGAACACUGUGGAAGCAUGUGUUAUAGAUGUCUGGCCUAACGUGGGUGAUCACUUUUCUUUUAUUUAUUGCAUUGAAAGCCUUGUUGUGGACCACAAAUAUUCAGAUUGGGAAUCGUGUUUCACGAAAGCUGCCUCGGGCUUUCAACGUGUUGCAGAAUGCUAUAAUACGGGAUAUGGGAAAAAGCUUGAACUUCAAUAUGCGGCAGAAACUAAUGCUCUACAGCCUCCUCAUAAGUAUGUUCCUUGGGUGGUCGUUGAUGGACAACCACUUUACGAGGACUAUCAAAAUGUAGCAAAUUAUGUGUGUAAAGCCUACAAAGGAAGUUUGCCUCCGGCUUGUAGAUCAGCUGCACUCGUGACCACUGUGAACCAUCAGAAGCAAGUGACCUAUGCCGGAGAGGAGGCGGCAAUAGCCUUUCCUUCUGAACUGGAGGGCCAUUGGAAACUUGAUAAGAAUGGCAAAGACAUCGCCAACAGGCCUACUGGACUUUGAGACACGGUGAAGGUUUGAGACAUUCGUAUUGUUGAAAUAGAAAAUAAAUGUUGC